CUUAUCUAAAGAUAUGGAACAUCCAUAAAGUACCUAUUUAUAUGCAACGCCUAUCUUGGGAAAUCCUUCAACAAUUUACAAAAAAACUCCUGCAAGAAACAUUGCUUGUAAAUUCACUAUUACAUUAAUUAUCUUUCCAAGAAUUAACAAACAUGGAUACGAUAUGCAGGAGCUAUGGAAGAGAAGGAAUUGCUAAAGCCUUGAACGCUCAUGUUUAUGGAAAUGGCACCCAAGCUCUAGUUCUCGCUCAUGGAUUUGGUUCAGACCAGACAGAAUGGCAUUACCUUGUUCCUUACUUCGCUUACUUUUUUAAGGUGGUGGUGUUCGACUUGGUUUUCUCUGCGAAUGUGAAUCCGAAAUUCUACGACCCCAACAAGUAUUCAAAUUUCAAUGAAUAUGCCCAAGAUCUGGUUUGCCUUCUUGAUCAGCUCAAUGUCAAUAACAGCAUAUAUAUGGGCCAUUCCAUGUCUGCCAUGAUUGGAUGUUUAGCUGCAACUAAGAGACCAGAACUCUUCCACCACCUUAUACUACUAAGUGGCUCUCCCAGAUACCUCAAUACCGCAGGUUACAAUGGAGGCUUUGAGAGGUGGGAAGUCGAUGAAAUCUUCAAAGAGAUGGGUGAGAAUUUUACAAGUUGGGUUCAGAGUUUUGUUCCCUCAGCAAUAGGUGUAAACAGCACAAGUGCAAUAUCAGAGUUUGGACACAGUUUGGGAAGAAUGAAUCCCAAGAUUGCUCUGAGUGUUGCCAAAACUGUGUUUCUUAGUGAUCUAAGAACACUUUUACCACAAGUUUUACACCCUAGUACCAUAAUUCAAUCAGAAAAAGAUCGUAUAGUACCCGAAUCUGUUGCAUUUUACAUGAAGAGCAAGCUUGGUGGGCAUGCCAACGUUAAUAUACUGAAAACUCAAGGCCAUCUUCCUCAGCUAACAGCUUACCCUUUGCUUUUGGAAGUUCUCAAGAGUGUUCUCCACAUCAAUAAAUAGCAAAUUCCGUACUUUUUUCUCUAGUAAAUAGUCCUAUUUUUCAUUUUUCAAAUUCCAUUUUAUUCCCAACUGCUUUUCACAAAAUAAAAAAGAACUUUUCUUGGUCAUCUACGUAGAAACAAGAAAAUUAUCUUCUUUUUUAUUAUUUAUUUAUUUAUCUUUUUGCUGGAACGAUGGAUGAAGAAUUCUAUAUCUCAGGAUCUUUUACAUAUUGAUGGAAUAAUGAGUUUGUUACUCUUUUUAUUUUUA